AUGGCCCCCAAGAAGAAUGCCCGCGACCGCGUUACAACCCCGACCCCGGCCGCCGUCCCCGUCCAUGAGGCCACUGCCACGCCAGCCAAAUCGAGUGCCAAAGGCAGCCGCGCCAACUGGCACGAGGUCCUGCUCAAUAUCCACCAGUACUACAUGAAGGAGACGCCACAAAGGACGAAGCUGAUUGACGUGUUCUUGUUCUUCUUGGUGGUCGUUGGUGGGCUGCAGUUUGUGUACUGCGUCGUCGCAGGCAACUAUCCUUUCAACGCAUUUCUAUCGGGCUUCUGUGCUUCGGUUGGUCAGUUCGUCUUGACGGUGUCACUGCGGAUGCAGACGGCUGCGGCGAACAAGCGUGAUUUCCCAUCCGUUUCCCCCGAGAGGGCUUUUGUCGAUUUCGUUGUCUGCAGCCUCAUUCUGCACUUUUUCUGCGUCAACUUUAUCAAUUAA